GUUUAUUACGGCAGGAGGAGAGGAGGAGGAGGAGUGGGAGGAGUCGAGGGAGGAGUGGGAGGAGUCGGAGGAGGGGCCUCGGUAACUCCGCACCGGGCUGACGGACCGAGCGUCUCCAAACUUUGAGCCUCCCUCUCGCUUCAUUCUCUCCCGUUGCCGUCGGCGUGUUGACCGACCAGCGGACCGACCGAGGACUACAGCAAAGGGGGACCGGGAUCAGGAGUCCAGGGCUCCUCUUCUUUUCUCCCUGCCGGAGCAGUGACCCCAUGAAACAAAGAGUGCACCCCGCUCCUGUAGCUCCACGCUGACGGACCACGGUCCUCCAUCCCGCACCAUGGACUGAACCCUGCUCCGGAUCCGGGUCCCUGGAGUCCCUCGAGCGACACGCGAGACCGUAAAUCCUCAAGGGAUUAAAACAAGCAGGACUAUGGAUAACUUCUUCACGGAGGGCGACCGGGUGUGGUUACGGGAGGACGAGCAGUACCUUCCCAGCACCGUGUCCUCGUGCUCCGGAGGGGUGGUGGCCUUCGCCACCGACUACGGCCAGGUGUACACCUACAAGCAGAAUGCUCUCACCAGGCAGAAGGUGCAGCCCAUGCACCACAGCAGCGUGGUCGGGGUGGAGGACAUGUCGGCCCUGGAGGACCUCCACGACGGAGCCAUCCUGCACAACCUCUUCCUGCGCUACCAGCAGAGCCACAUCUACACGUACAUCGGCUCCAUCCUGGCGGCGGUGAACCCUUACCAGCCUCUCGCCGGCCUUUACGACCGGCCGGCGAUGGAGCUGUACAGCCGGCGCCACCUGGGCGAGACCUCACCGCACAUCUUCGCCGUCGCCAACGAGUGCUACCGCUCGCUGUGGAAGAGGCUGCAGAACCAGUGCGUCCUGAUCAGUGGAGAGAGCGGCGCCGGGAAAACCGAGAGCACCAAGCUGAUCCUGAAGUUCCUGUCGGCCAAGAGCCAGCACUCCCUGGAGGCGUCGGCCAGAGACAGGACGUCCCGCGUGGAGGAGGCGCUGCUGGAGAGCAGCCCCAUCAUGGAGGCCUUUGGAAACGCCAAGACCGUCUACAACAACAACUCCAGCCGUUUCGGGAAGUUCGUCCAGCUUCAUUUCUGCCAGAAGGGAAACAUCCAGGGAGGCCGGAUCGUGGACUACCUCUUAGAAAAGAACCGAGUGGUCCGACAGAACCCGGGGGAGAGAAACUACCACAUUUUCUACGCCCUGUUAGCCGGAACCAACGGCCAGCAGAGAGAGGCCUUCUCCCUGACCCCCCCUGACAGCUACCAUUACCUCAGACCCUCCAGCUGCUUCACCGACAACACGAUCAACGACGACGGCACGUUUCAGGACGUUCAGAAUGCAAUGCGGACCAUGCAGUUCACGGAGGAGAACAUCGGGGAGAUCCUGCGCCUCCUGGCCGGGAUCCUCCACACCGGGAACAUCGAGUUCAUGACGGCCGGAGGAGCUCAGGUCUCCUCCAAGUCAGCGGCCCUCAGCCGGACGUCUGACCUCUUGGGGCUGAACCCAGAUCAGCUGGCCGAGGUCCUGACCCACCGGUCCAUGAUCCUCCGGGGCGAGGAGAUCUCCACGCCGCUCACCGUGGAGCAGGCCGUGGACUCCAGAGACUCCUUGGCCAUGGCGCUGUACUCCCAGUGCUUCAACUGGAUCAUCCGCAAGCUCAACACCCGCAUCCGGGGCCCGGAGGACUUCAGGUCCGUCAGCAUCCUGGACAUCUUCGGGUUCGAGAACUUCGAGGUCAACCGCUUCGAGCAGUUCAACAUCAACUACGCCAACGAGAAGCUCCAGGAGUAUUUCAACAAGCACAUCUUCUCCCUGGAGCAGCUGGAGUACAACAAGGAGGGCCUGGUGUGGGCCGACAUCCACUGGAUGGACAACGGAGAGUGUCUGGACCUGAUCGAGAAGAAACUGGGUCUCCUGGCUCUGAUGAAUGAGGAGAGUCACUUCCCCAAAGCCACCGACGGCACCUUGCUGGAGAAGCUGCACAACCAGCACUCGAAGAACUCUUUCUACGUGAAGCCACGCGUUGCUGUGCACAACUUUGGAGUCAAGCACUACGCGGGAGAGGUGGUGUACGACGUGAGGGGGAUGUUGGAGAAGAACAGAGACACUUUCAGAGACGACAUCCUCAACCUGCUGAGGGAGAGCAGGUUGGACUUCGUCUACGACCUCUUCGAACACGUUCUGAGCCGGAACAAACAGGACACCCUGAAGAGCAGCUGCAAGCACCGGCGGCCCACCGUCAGCACCCAGUUCAAGGAUUCUUUGCACUCCCUGAUGGCCACACUCAGCACUUCCAACCCAUUCUUCAUUCGAUGCAUCAAACCAAAUAAACACAAGAUGCCGGACCAGUUCGACCAGACGUUGGUCCUGAACCAGCUCAGGUAUUCCGGCAUGUUGGAGACGGUGAAGAUUCGCCGCACCGGCUUCCCGGUCCGGAGACCUUUCCAGGACUUCUGCUCCCGGUACAAGGUGCUGAUGCCGGGCGCGGUGAUGCCGGACGACCACAGGGGGCGCUGCGUCCAGCUGUUGCACCGCUACGACAGCAGCAGUGCAGAGUGGCAGCUGGGGAAGACCAAGGUGUUCCUCCGUGAGUCUCUGGAGCAUCGCCUGGAGAAGCAGAGGGAGGUGGAGGUGCUGAGGGCCGCCAUGAUCAUCCAGGCCCACGUCAUGGGCUACAUGGCCCGGAAGCAGUACAGGAAGCUGCUGCAGUGCAUUGUGGUCAUCCAGAAGAACUACCGGGCGUUCCGCUGCAGGAGGAGGUUCCUGCUGGUCCGCUGGGCGGCGCUCACCUUCCAGAAGCGCGUGAGAGGCCAGCUGGCCCGCCGGGCCUACAGCCAGCUGCUGGAGGAGAGGAAGACGAGGGAGGAGGAGGAGAGGAAGAGGAGGAGGAGGGAGGAGGAGGAGGAGAGGAAGAGGAGGAGGAGGGAGGAGGAGAUACAGAAGCUGGAGGCUGAGAGAAUUGCCAGAGAGGCUGAGGAGGCCAGACGACUGGAGGAGCUUCACCUGGCGGAGGAGUUGGCCUCUCUGGCUCUACCUCAACCUGCAGCAGCCGACACCUCGGGGGAGCCGGCGUCAGCGGUGACCCUCAUGGGGGCGUCCAAUGAGGGGUCCAAUGAGGCGUCCAAUGAGGUGUCCGAGUCGGACGAGGCAAUCCGCCCCCACGAGGCGUCUCAGGUGGAGGAGAUCCUGCGGCUGGAGCGGGAGAUCCAGUCGCUGCAGAGGCUGAAGGAGCGCCAGGAGCUCACCCUGACGGAGGCCUCGCUCAACCGCCUGCAGCUCCUCCGCGACCAGGAGCUCCGGCGCCUGGAGGACGAGGCGUGCAAGGCGGCGCAGCAGUUCCUCGACUCGCUGAACUUCGACGAGAUCGACGAGUGCGUGAGGAACAUCGAGAGCUCGCUGGGGGUCGGCGAAGGGGAGGAGAAGGAGAGCGGGCGGAGGAGGGGCAGCGAGGAAGAAGAGAUCGACGAAGGGUUCGGGGCGGACGACGAAGCCUUCAAGGACUCGCCCAACCCGAGCGAGCACGGCCACUCGGACGGCCAGCGGACAAGCGGGAUCAGGACGAGCGACGACUCGUCCGAAGAAGACCCGUACGCCAAUGACGGCGUGGCCCCGCCGCCGACCGCCCUGCAACACCAGCCGCUGCCUUUACCGCCGGUGCCCCUCGCCUGCCACAGCGGAGACUCCGCCUACUGCCACCCACAGGCUUCGUCCGAGACGCCGUCCGACGACCUGGUGGAGCUCAUACCGCCGGACGAGGAUUCGGACUACGACCAGGACGAUUACGACGAGGGCGCCAUCGUGUCCAGUGGCAGCGUGGCCUUCUCCAACCCCUGCAGCGGCCAGUGGUCUCCGGACUACCGCGGCUCUGUUGGCACCUACAACAGCUCGGGGGCCUAUCGCUUCAGCUCGGAGGGAGCCCAAUCAUCGUUCGAGGACAGCGAGGACGACUUCGACAGGUUCGACACCGACGACGAGCUGUCGUACCGGCGGGACUCGGUCUACAGCUGCGUCACGCUGCCGUACUUCCACAGCUUCCUCUUCAUCAAAGGCGGUCUCAUGAACACGUGGAAGCGGCGCUGGUGCGUGUUGAAGGACGAGACCUUCCUGUGGUUCCGGGCCAAGCAGGAGGCCCUGAAGCAGGGCUGGCUCCACAAGAAGGGGGGCGGCUCGUCCACGCUGUCCCGACGCAACUGGAAGCGCCGCUGGUUCGUGCUGCGGCAGAGCAAGCUCAUGUACUUCGAGAAGGACGGCGAGGAGAAGAUGAAGGGGGUGCUGGACAUGCGCGAUGCCAAAGAGAUCAUCGAUAACACCGGGAAGGAGAACGGCAUCAACAUCGUGAUGCCGGAGAGGACCUACCACCUGAUCGCUGAGUCCGCCGAGGACGCCAGCCAGUGGUUCAGCGUGCUGAGUCAGGUCCACGGCUCCACGGAGCAGGAGAUCAGAGAGAUGCACGAUGAGCAGGCCAACCCCCAGAACGCUGUGGGCACGCUGGACGUGGGGAUGAUCGACUCGGUUUGUGCAGCAGACAACCCGGAGAGGCCCAACUCCUUCGUCAUGAUCACGGCGAACCGCGUGCUGCACUGCAACGCCGACACGCCCGAGGAGAUGCACCACUGGAUCACGCUGCUGCAGCGCUCCAAGGGAGACACGCGCGUCGACGGCCAGGAGUUCGUGAUCCGAGGCUGGUUGCACAAAGAGAUGAGGAACAGCACGAAGGCCUCGCUGAAGCUGAAGAAGCGCUGGUUCCUGCUCACCCACAAUUCCCUGGACUACUACAAGAGCUCCGAGCGCAACGCCCUGAAGAUGGGGACGCUGGUGCUCAACAGCCUGUGCUCGGUGGUGCAGCCGGACGAGCGGGUCUUCAAGGACACCGGCUACUGGAACGUGAUCGUGUACGGCCGUAAACACUCGUACCGCCUGUACUGCAAGCUGCUGAACGAGGCGGCGCGCUGGGCCAACGCCAUCCAGAACGUCAUCGACACCAAAGCUCCCAUCGACACGCCGACCCAGCAGCUGAUCCAGGACAUCAAGGAGAACUGCUUGAACUCGGAGGUGGUGGAGCAGGUCUACAAGAGGAACCCCAUCCUUCGCCACAGCCACCACCCGCUGCACUCGCCGCUGCUGCCGCUGCCCUACGGAGACAUCCACCUCAGCGCCCUGAGACACCGGAGCUACACGACGCUGCAGGACGAAGCCCUCAAAGUGUUCAGCUCGCUGCAGCACCUGGAGGGCGUGGCCGACCCGGUGCCCGUCAUCCAGGGCGUCCUGCGCACCGGCCAGGAGCUCAAGGCGCUGCGGGACGAGCUCUACUGCCAGCUGAUCAAGCAGACGGUGCGGCCGCCGCAGCCCGACAGCCCCGGGAACCUCUGCGGCUGGAAGAUCCUGGCCUGCAUGUCCUGCACCUUCAUCCCCACCAGGAGCAUCCUCAGAUACCUCAAGUUCCACCUCAAGAGGACUCGAGAGCUCCUGCCCGGCUCGGAGAUGGACCGCUACGCCGCCUUCGCCCUGGACUCCCUGAGGAAGACUCGGGCCAGGGAGAACGUCCCAUCGCAGGAGGAGAUCCGCUCCAUCGUGGCCCGGCAGGACAUGAGCACCACGGUCCACUGCCACGGAGGAGGCUCCUGCAAGAUCACCAUCAACUCGCACACCACGGCCGGAGAGGUGGUGGAGAAGCUGAUCCGAGGUCUGGCCAUGGAGGACAGCCGGAACAUGUUCGCCCUGUUCGAACACAACGACACCACGGAGAAGGCCAUCGAGAGCCGCAUGGUGGUGGCCGACGUGCUCGCCAAGUUUGAAAAGCUUUCAGCGAGCCCGGAGGAACACAACACCGGCUGGAAGUUCUACUUCAAGCUCUACUGCUUCUUAGACAGGGAACACGUCCCCAAGGACAGCGUGGAGUUCGCCUUCAUGUUUGAACAGGCCCACGAAGCCGUCAUUCGUGGUCAGUACCCGGGCCCCGAGGAGACCCUCCAGUUCCUGGCUGCCCUGAGACUUCAGUACCUGCAGGGCGAUCACAGCUCCCAGGCCAACGUCCCCGAUAUGUCCCUGGUGUUCCCCAUGGCGCGAUUGCGGGCCCGCGUGCAGAACUCGGCCAAGACGUUCGCUCCCAGUUCCGUUUCCGGCUCGGUGGCCGGCGACCGCUCGGGGACCGCGGAGAGGAAGCGCUCGAGCUUCCUGGAGGGAACGCUGAGGCGGAGCUUCAGGAGCGGCUCGCUGAGUCGGCAGAAGCUGGAGGAGGAGAACAGCCUGGAGGCGUGGAUGAGGGAGGAGGCCACGGCGCUGAGGACCAGCGUGAUGGACAAGUGGAAGAAGCUGCAGGGGAUGAACCAGCAGCAGGCCAUGGUCAAGUACAUGGCGGUGGCGAAGGAGUGGCAGGGCUACGGAUCCACGCUGUUCAACGUGGAGUGCCGGGACGGAGCGUUCCCGUGCGAGCUGUGGCUGGGCGUCAGCCGGGAGGCCAUCUCGGUGUACCAGCGAGGGGAGGCGUGGCCUCUGGAGGUGUUCCCGUACGAACUGAUCCUCUCCUUCGGAGCGCCGCUGGCCAACACCUACAAGAUCGCCGUCGAGGGCCGAGAGCUGGUCUUUGAGACGCAAAUGGUCAUGGACAUCGCCAAGCUGAUGAAGGCCUACAUCAGCAUGAUCGUCAAGAAGCGCUACAGCAACUGUCAGUCCGUCAGCAGCCACGGCAGCCAGUGUAGCGCCUGGUGAACGACUCCCGUUGACCUUUGACCCUUUGACCCUUUGACCUCUGGCCCGAGAGCAUCUUGCACAUUCGACCGCGUCUGACCGACUCUGAACGCUGUUUAUUUUUGAAUGGUUUCAUUCCAAAAACACUGAAAACACGAGAGGUCAGAACUUUGAAAAGGGUUCAAGCUGGUCGGAUCAGCUGUCGUUGUCCCGGUAACCGGCCUCCAUCUCAUCGUGGUCGUGAGGCGGUCCCGGUUUCCGUCACGUCUCUUUUGGUUUUACAGCUUUUUUUCAAAAGUUGCGUAACUGAACACUGGCGACACGGCGAGCGUUACUUUGUACAUAAGUCAUAAAUGGUCCUCAAAGUGCUUUUUUAUUAAACUGGAGGACUCGAGAAGCUAGAACCUCCAGGACAGAAUCACCAAAAUAAAAGUCAAGUCGAAGGAAGACGUCGAUGUUGUCUUUUGAGGAAAACAAAUUAAAACCGAUUCCACAGUAAGAAAAAUACAAGAUAUGUGAACAAUUUAUCGAUAUGAAUAUUGAAUAUCCAAAUACAAAAGAAAAUGCAGCAAAUUCAACUUUUACACUGUUUUCUCAGGCCAAAGAACAGCAGGUGUGUAUGUGUGUGUGUGUGUGUGUGUGCGUGCGUGUGUGUGUGUGUGAAUAAUAAUAAUAAAGCAACUGUGCCUGUUCACUGAACCGAACUCCCAAUCUGACUUUUGUCUGAACCAGAACUAGAAACUAAAGGAAGCAGCACAUUAUUUAGUCUCCCAACAGUUCCCCUUAUUAAUUGUCCAGAAAGCGUCCAACAUGGCGCCCGUUGACUGCACCCCCCCAUGUUGGUGAGAACCGGCAGCAGCGUUAUCGAUCAGCCACUAAAACCACUUGUUUCUGUCACAAAACACGGGGUGUGCAUUCAGCCGUCACUUAUUUAUACAUUAAUAUGUGGGUUCUUUUUUUAAUUUGAUUUUCUCGCUAAAAUAAUAAGAGAAAAAGUGAGUUCCUGCAUAACCGGUGUGACAGACGCUCCUCAUUUGCUGUUCCGCUCUUAGGAAUGCACGAAAGCCGCGCAUGGUGUUUCCACGGAAACCCUGCAGACGGAGCUCGGCUGUUGUGCUAUUUUGGGGGCUUUGAAACAUUGCGCAAUGCCCCCUUCAAGCAACUCCGACUGCAGUUAUUAAACAUUGUUGUGAUACAUAAGUUGUGGCUUUCGGUGCGACCCGUCAUAUUUGAGUUUGAAUGACUUGCUCAGCUGGACUUUGUGCAGUGUAACAUUCCUACAACAUUUCCCUGGAGCUCCGCGGGCGGCAGAUCCAUCCAAAGACUGCAGCUUCCUUCCACGGUGCCUUGUUGUAUAUUGUGUACACUUGUUUUGUGUGGCUUCAUUUUGUAUUUUAUUUUUGCAUAA